CAGCCAUGCUCCCUUCCCAGCCUGUCCUGCGUGCUGCGGUGUUUGCACUCACAGCCCUUCAGGCCCUGGGCUCCGACACCUUCAUUGCAGCCGUCUACGAGCAUGCCGUCAUCCUGCCAGAUGCCACGGAUGAGCCCGUUUCUCCUGACGAUGCUUUGGCCCUGAUGAACAAAAACAUGGAUGUCUUGGAAGGGGCCAUCAAGGAAGCUGCCCAGCAGGGCGCCCGCAUCAUUGUGACUCCUGAAGACGGCAUUUACGGCUGGCGUUUCACAAGAGAAGCCAUCUACCCCUACCUGGAGGAUAUCCCUGACCCGGCAGUGAACUGGAUUCCCUGCACUGACCCCACAAGAUUUGCUCCAGCACCAGUGCAGGAACGACUCAGCUGCAUGGCCAGGAGUAACUCCAUCUAUGUGGUUGCAAACAUCGGGGACAAGAAGCCCUGUAACUCCAGUGAUCCCAGCUGCCCCAGCGACGGUCGCUACCAGUACAACACCGAUGUUGUCUUUGACACAGAGGGGAAGCUGGUGGCUCGUUAUCACAAGUACAACCUAUUUAGAAGAGAAACUCAGUUUAAUUACCCUAAAGAGCCAGAAGUCGUCACCUUUGAGACCCCCUUUGGGAAGUUUGGCAUUUUCACGUGCUUCGACAUCCUUUUCCAUGAGCCUGCUGUGGUCCUGGUGAGCAAGUUGCAGGUGGACACUGUGCUCUUCCCGACAGCUUGGAUGAACGUCCUGCCAUUUCUGACUGCGAUUGAGUUUCACUCUGCCUGGGCUAUGGGCAUGCGUGUCAAUUUGCUUUCAGCAAAUACUCACAACAUCAGCUGGGCAAUGACAGGCAGUGGGCUGUUCAUGCCGGAGGGACCCGCUGCCUACCAUUACGACAGCAGAACAGAGGAGGGACAUCUCCUGAUAGCAGAGCUGAGCGCACAGCCCCGUGUUUCCCCCACCUACCCCCCGGCUGUCAACUGGAGCUUGUAUGCCACAAACAUCAAGAAAUUUUCAGGAGAAAAUGACACUUUUCUGGGAACCAUCCGGCGGGAUAUAUUCACUUUCAGUGAACUCAGGCAAAAAGCUGGAAAUUACACGGUUUGCCAAGGAGACCUGUGCUGUCAUUUGACCUAUCAGAUGUCAAACAAGAGUAAAGAUGAAGUUUAUGUCCUGGGUGCUUUUGAUGGGCUUCAUGGAUCUCUCAUAAAAUACCACUGGCAGAUAUGCACGCUGCUCAAGUGCAAGAGCACAGACCUGAAGACGUGCGGGCAGCCGGUGGAGACCGCACAGACCAAGUUUGAGAUGUUCUCCCUCAGCGGCACCUUUGGCACCAACCACGUCUUUCCCGAAGUCCUGUACAGCGGGGUGGAGCUGGCUCCCGGGGAGUUCGAGGUGUUACGUGACGGACGUUUGAAAAGUAAGCAUGGCACAUCAAAACCGCUCAUAACAGCAACACUUUUUGGAAGGCCUUAUGAGAAGGACCUGCCGCAUCCGCUGCGAACCUCCCCACAACAUAACUCCUUAGCCCUUACACUGUCACCAUAG